CAUCCGCAGCCAGACUCCCACACAUUCAUUAUAACGAAACACAGAAAAUGGAUGUAUAAAUUAGAUAUAACAUCUUGUUAAUAUGGAACUUGCGAAAACAGUAUUCGGCGUUCGAUCGACUGAUGGUUAUAGUGACAGAGUUACUAAAGUUGAAACUCUCUCUGAAGACGAAGAUGAAGGUAACGACUACACAGAAUCUAUUAGUGUGUCCAGCGCACAACCAUUCAUGGGCGGACAAGGGGAUUUCAACCCCACCCCUGGGGGUCCAUUUUCUGCAUUGACACCUUCUAUGUGGCCACAGGACAUUAUGCUGAAAUUAAAUAAUCCGCCAGAAGACAGUAAUGGUCAGCUGGACUAUCGCUAUGACGAGUUUGGUUUCAAAGUGGAGGAGGAAGAUGGCCCCGAAGAGAAUUCCAGCAAGCUGUUGAGCACGCCGUUCAUGGAGGAACCUCAGCAUCGCCUGAAAUGGGUCGCCUACCUAGAGUUCACACACAAUGAGGAGGUGGAGGAUCUCACCUGGGACAAGGUUGACAGUCGUUUCCAGCGCACAGAGAAACUACGUCAGAUGGUGCGGGCGGGUAUUCCCCACUCACUGCGCCCACAUCUCUGGGUGAGACUCUCGGGCGCUCUUGACAAGAAGAAGAAAUCUGACCUGACCUACAAGGACAUUGUUAAGGCCAGCUCCAAUGACCAUCUCAUGACCUCCAAACAGAUUGAGAAGGACCUGUUGCGUACCAUGCCAAGCAAUGCGUGCUACUGCAACAUCCACAGUACAGGGAUCCCCCGACUGAGACGUAUCCUGCGCGGACUGGCCUGGCUCUACCCUGACAUCGGCUACUGCCAGGGAACAGGGGUGAUUGCUGCCAGCCUUCUGUUAUUUAUGGAAGAAGAGGACACAUUCUGGAUGAUGUGUGCAAUCAUAGAGGACCUACUUCCUGCCUCUUACUACUCCAGCACUUUACUGGGCAUACAGGCUGACCAGCGUGUUCUCAGGCAGUUGAUUGUGAGUUAUCUGCCCGACACAGACCUCGUCUUAAAGCAGCAUGACAUCGAGCUAUCCCUUAUCAGCCUGCACUGGUUCCUGACCCUGUUUGCGAGUGUUGUCCACAUGAAGGUUCUGCUACGUCUCUGGGAUCUCUUUUUCUAUGAGGGAUCCACCGUCCUCUUCCAGUGCACUAUGGGCAUGCUGAAAAUGAAGGAGACAGAGUUGAAGACGUAUGACAACUCGGCCCAGAUCUUUAACGCUCUGUCAGAUGUGCCUGGAGAUGUUCAGGACGUGGAUGAACUCAUAGAGCUGUCAUAUCGUGUGUGUGGUUCAUUGACGGACAUCGUGGUGGACACUCACCGGCGCAAGCACCUGGCCUACAUUAUGGCUGACCAGGGCGCCAUUGUGAAUCCAGAGUCUGCUAAGAACCUCCCAAAACAGCAACUGAAUCGUCGCCACCUGCGUCGGUCCAAGUCUCUGAUGUCGAUGUUGUUGUGGGGAGACACUGAUGAUGAUGAGUUUGGGAAGGCCAAGAACAUACGACAGACCGAGCUACUGGUAGACCUGAGGGAGGCCAUACUACAAGUGGCUCGACACUUCCAGUCCCUAGACCCUAAAAACACCAAAAUAAAUCUUUCGGCGGACUAUUCCAUGGAGAGUCAUGCCCGCGACCUGGAGAACUACGUCAAUGUGGCACGCAAUCGACGCAGACGUGCCAAGGCCCUACUUGACUUUGAACGCCAUGACGAUGAUGAACUGGGCUUCAGAAAGAAUGAUGUGAUUACAAUCAUCUCCAUGAAAGAUGAACACUGUUGGGUGGGAGAGCUGAAUGGUCUGCGAGGAUGGUUCCCGGCCAAGUUUGUGGAGCUCCUCGAUGAACGCAGCAAGAGCUACUCCCUUGCUGGCGAUGAUGGUGUGUCCGAGGCAAUAACUGACCUCGUAAGGGGCACGUUGUGUCCGGCCAUGAAGGCUGUGUUUGAACACGGAUUGAAGAGACAUUCCCUGCUUGGCAGUAUCUGUCACCCAUGGCUGUUCAUCGAAGAGGCGGCCAGUCAUGAGGUGGAGAAGGAUUUCCAGUCUGUCUACUCCAGACUGGUCCUCUGUAAAACAUUCCGACUUGAUGAAGAUGGUAAGGUGCUGACACCGGAGGAAAUCCUGUACAGGGCAGUUCAAGCUGUGAACAUCUCUCAUGAUGCAGUGCAUGCCCAGAUGGACGUGAAGCUGAGGUCUCUCAUGUGCUGUGGACUCAAUGAGCAGGUGCUUCACCUGUGGUUGGAGACGCUGUGCUCGUGUACAGACGUGGUGGAGAAGUGGUAUCACCCCUGGUCCUUUAUGAGGAGUCCUGGUUGGGUACAGAUCAAGUGUGAACUCAGGGCGCUGGCUGCGUUCGGGUUCAAUAUGGACUACACAUACGAGCUACCAAAGAAGAAGAACCCCGCGCGAGCUAUCACAGACUCUGUCAAGGACAUUCUUAUAACCCACCAUCUGUUUUCCUGGGAAAUGUGAAACGUGUUUUCUUGGGAAUUAUUAAACAUGUUUUUCUUGGAAAUGUGAAACUGCAAACAUCACUUCACAUCUUGCAAGUCCCACAACUUGAGAUCAUCUUAUUUUGUUAUUCUUUGUUUUAAAGUUUGAAAAUAUGAAUGUUUAGUGAUUUCCUCCAUUUUGUUUUCCCAGAUUUAGACUAAUAUUUAUUGGUAGCAAAUUGGUGUAUUUGGUAACAAAAUGUGCAAGUUUAAAUCAUGAAACAGAAUAAAAGUUGCCUUCUUAUUACUUAAAAGGUGUAAACAUUAAUAUAAAGAAUUGUCACUGAAUAAGUAUUUUUUUGCUUAAAUCAGAAAUCCCCUUAUUUGCCAAAAAAGUUCCUGGGAACAAAAAUAAAUUGUUCUACAGUAUUUUUCUUAUUUCAUGUCUAUUAAUGUAUAAUAAUGUGUUGUAAAUGUUGUAUAUCCAACAGGAUAAAAUAAGAAGUCCAAAUAGAAUAUACUCACAAAUAAUUGUUUGCUUUUUUAAGUAUAAAUGCCAAACUUAAAAAAACUCAUGUUCUAUUUACAUACCAAAUAUAUAAUGCAAUGUGUUAGUAACAAUUUGUUCUACGCAACUUUUGUUAUAUAUUUAUUGCAUGAAAUUCAAGAAUAGUUUGAAAGCUAAAUAAGUUUUAUGAAGUUGAUAACAUAAUUUUUUUCCGACUUAAAUGCAUAUUGCCCCAGUUAAAGUUGUUGUAACCUCAAGUUUGGAUCUAUGACAAGUUUGUUCCAUCCUUUCCAGGUUUGGUCAGGCCCAGUGACUCUGCAAACCAAAGUUGAAUUAAUGAAUCUCAGUGAUGUGUCUCUUAUAUUUGUGCAUGCCUUCAUUCUGGGAAAAUGGGGCUUAAUGCUUCUACUUAACGUGUCUUCCCUGAUUAGCCUGUUCAAUCCGCACAGGCCAUCAUGGAACAACAAGUUUUGCCUAUAGUGGAUUUUGUGAAGAGGGCAUCUUUUAAACAAAAAAAACAUACAAGGGGACAUUUUUGGUCCUGGUUAGCCUGUGCAGACUGCAUAGCCUUAUUUGGGACGAUACUUUACGCACAUGCAUUAAGCCCAGUUCUCCCAAUACUCCAUUCAAUUGUGCAUGCCUUCCAGACCAGUUGCAUUCAUUUUGUUUCACUAUUUGUAUUCUUGCUGCUUUUAUUGAUAGCUUUCUACAUGUUUACUAUUUAAACGAAUCUUUGCUCCCUUACUUUCCAUUUAUUGUGCAAUAUUUGUUUUAUUUUGCAUUUAUUUUUGUUGUUUAGAUUUAUUUGCAGCAGCAACUUAUAUUUAUAUUAGUUGAAAAUAUUUUAUUUCUUAGAAUUCCAAUUUACAUUUUUUGUUGUUAACAAUUUAUUUGCAACAGCAACUUAUAAUCAUAGCGGUUGCCUAUAUUUUAUUGUUGUAAUUCCAAUUUACAUUUUAUGUUAUUUUCUGUCAUUAAUUGUAUAAAAAAGGAACUGUUUUAGCAGUAAUGUAGUUUGCAUUUACAUAUAAUACCGUAGUUGUUACGUAGUUAUAGAGGUGCUGGGUGGGGUAUAUUUAACUGAUAGUUGAAUAUUUUACAUUUACUUGAAGCAUUUGUUACUGUAU